UCAGCCGAGUCUCACUCACAAUGGCUACUAGCACCAAGCUUGCAGCUCUCGGUUUUGUUGUCCUUGUGAGCAUUGGGUUCACCGAUGCCGCAAGGAUGCUCGGUAGCUCCUCCAGUGCUUCAGGUGGAGGGGGAGGUGGAGGUGGCGGGGGAGGCGGUGGGUCUGGUGGGAGUGGAUAUGGUGGAGGUUCUGGGUCAGGUGGAGGCUUAGGAUAUAGUGAGAGCGGUGGAGAUUGGGGUAACAAGUGGAACUUCGCCAAGGGAUUUGGUGGAGGAGGAGGAGCUGGUGGUGGUGGAGGAUCAAAGGGUGGAUCCGGGUCUGGCUCCGGAUUUGGCUUCGGCACUGGCAGCGGUGCAAGUGGCUCCGCAUUGGCCCCUAGCGGCAAUGGUUAUGCCAGUGCUGACGGUAAGGGCGGGGGUGGUGGCGGAGGUGGUGGUGCAGAUGGGUCUAGCGGAACCGGGACUGGAUCUGGCCUUGGCAAGGGGUAUGGUGAGAGUGGUGUGUCAAAGGCACCGGCUCCUGUUGCUGGUGGUGAUGGUACCAGCUACUCUGAUGCUGGCGGUAGUGGUAACGGUGGUGGUGGUGGUAACAACGGAAAUGGAGGUGGUGCCGGCGCUGGCGCUGGACAGGCUGGUAGCGACGACACUUCUGGAGGCUUUGCAAAUGGGGGAGGAAGCGGCAAUGGUGGCGGCGCAACUGGAGAUGUCGCUGACGGUCCAAGUGUUGGAGUUGGAUCUGGUGCUGGGUCUGGCGCUGCUCAGACCGGUAGCACUGGCUCUUAUGGCGAAGGCUAUGCCACGGGAAUGGGCGGUGGCAUGGGUGGUGGCAGUGGUGAAAGCCAAAAUGGCGGAACUGGAAGUGGCGGAGGCAGUGGAUCCGGAUCUGGUGGUGGCGGAUACCACUAAAUUACCCUUUAUUGAAAAAGCUAGAAUGGGAACUCGACAUGUAUUUUAAUCUCCGUCAUUUUACUAGCACUUCGCAUCAGAGGGCAUGUGGCAUGCAAGGAAGGGAUGAUCCUGAAUGCCGGUGGAAGGAGCUAAAUAGCAUUUCUGGGAUUAACAUUUAAUUCCACCUAUUCAGGCAGGUUUGUGCCAAUAGGCAUAAUAAUGAUGUGAAGGAGUAGCUCCUUUGUAGCCUUUUCUAUCUCAAUAGUCAAAUUGCUUGAUUC